UCGGUAUUUGAGAUCAGUGCUUGAUUAUGCCCGUGCUAAGUUGAAUCCAUCUUGGAACAGAUCCUCUCGAUACCUGGACUCAGUUAUUAGCCUGAGUCCAUGCCCAAACUCUCUCUCUAUUUAGCUUCUGUCUUACAAGAAUUGAUCUGAUCAGUAGCAGUAAGAACCCGCCCCUCCGUCCCCUUCUCUCUUGCAACUUUCUUAAAAUCCCUCACUUUCUCAGCAUCCAAACAACACCUUCUCGAUAUCAAUCAAACCUUGAAUUUAUAAAAAUGAAUAAAUAGAAAACCCCAUUUUGGUAUUUCAGUUUAGGUUUGUGCCUUUUAUUGAUACUAUAUUCUACUACCACCUUCUUACAUUUUCCUUCACUUUCUCUCUCAGCAUCCAAACACCACCUUAAAACCUCAGUUUUCCCAGAUAGUGAGGGAAGAAAACAAAAUCCGGGUAUUUAAAUUAAGCACUCAAAAUCUCAAAGAACUCAACUUGGAUAUUUUAUUUCAGCUCUCAAAAGACUUUAACUUGCAUUCAAAGUCUCUUCCUUUCCUCACUCCUUCCGUGUUUUUUCUUGACUUUCUUAUAAUCCAAACACCGCCACAAAAGAAUUUGAAUUCUCUAGGAAUUCAGUACGGGUUUCUCUUGAAAAGUCUAAAAUACUUUCCCAGAUUUUCCUUCACUCUUCUCAUGAUCCUAACACAAAGAAGAAUUAAAAUUCUAGAUGGGGGUCUCUUUUAAGGUCUCAAAAACUGGUACCAGGUUCCGCUCAAAACCUUUUGUUCAAUCAGAUACUGUUCUUGAUGAGGUCUCAGAAAAUUCUGAAGAGAGCUCGGUGAUUGGCUCAAAGAACGAAUCAUCUACGAGAAAGGGCGAGGCUGACAUCUUUGAGGGUGCUGAGGAUGCAUUAGCUGUCUCAAGUUUAUCCUUCUCUGGACAAGAAGUUUCAUUGACAUUGAAUCUCUAUCCAGAUGGAUAUUCUAUAGGAAAACCCUCAGAGAUAGAGGCUGCUCAUCAGGCUCCACUUCAAGAUGGUCAGAAGUUGUUGCAUCCAUAUGAUAAGACUUCUGAAACGCUCUUUUCAGCAAUUGAGUCUGGCCGGUUGCCUGGAGAUAUUCUGGAUGAUAUUCCAUGUAAAUAUGUAAAUGGAACACUUGUAUGCGAGGUGCGUGAUUAUCGGAAAUGCGCUUCCAAGCAGGGGUCUAGCGUUCCAUUUAUGGAUGGGCUCCCUAUUGUAAAUAAAGUAUGCCUUAGGAUGUCAUUGGAGAAUGUAGUGAAGGAUAUCCCAUUGAUCUCUGAUAAUUCUUGGACGUAUGGUGAUUUGAUGGAAGUAGAAUCUCGGAUUUUGAAAGCAUUGCAACCACAGCUUUGUCUAGAUCCUACUCCCAAAUUGGACAGGCUCUGUAAUAAUUCAAUUUCGACCAAGCUCAAUUUAGAUCUGAGAAGUUUUCGCAGAAACAGAUUAAGGCAGACACCUGAAGUUACUGUCACAUCUAAGAACAGAAUCCAUGGAACGAAUACUUGCAUCAACCGAGUGCCUGAAAGCUCUAACAGUAGGCUUGGAGAUUCAGGAAUCAUUUCAGGCAAUGUGAUGCCACAGCAUGUUCAGGAGAAUCAGACAACUCAAAACCUUGGCCCUAGCAGCAUGUUAGCCUUAAGUGCAAGAAGCUUUGCUCCAGAUGGCAAUGUUCCAGCACUACCUUUGGUAUCCCAGCAACAGAGGUAUCAAAUGAGGAUUUCCCCAAGAAGUAUGCAGGAUCAAGGGUCAGGGUCUCCUGCCAACAUUUCCGGAGCUGCCGCCUUCGGGCAGGACAAGAUGGUUGCUCACUGCACCAUGAAUUCUGCUGCUCUUCUUGGGAAGAGGGAGAACCAAGAUGCACAAAUGUCACCUUUAUCUAGUUUUAGUAAGAGACCAAGGCUUACACCAGCAGGUCCUGAUGUAAUUCAACAGCAGCAAAGGGGUCUGCAUAUGGAUGGCCUCCAUGAAUCAGAAAUGAACCGGAAGAAUUCACUACUACAGCAGCAAGCAAUGACAAGAGGAAUUCAGUAUGCCAAUGCAGGCAUUCAGAAGUACCCACACCAGAUGUUAGAAGGGGUUGUACAUCAAAAUGCUGCAGCAACAUCAUUUUCUGCAGGACAUCCAGGUAUGAGACUUGGUCUCAAGGAAGAACAGUUCGAGACAGAAAAACUGGAUGGUUCAGUGCUUAGUCAGGGUAAAAAUGAUAUGCAGAUGAUGGAAACAGAAACAGGCCAUUUGGAAACACAGCAACCAUGGUUACAGCAAAGAUUACCACAACCUGUCAUGAGAUCUAAUUUCCCUCAGGCUGGAUGGAACAAUCUCAGCCAAGAUUGUAGGAAGGAGGAACAGCCCCAGAAAAGGAAACCAGCACAAAGUCCUAGGUUAUCUACUGGGGGUUUAGCUCAAUCACCUCUAUCAUCAAAAUCCGGGGAAUUGUCUAGUGGUUCAGCUGGACCCCAUUUUGGAGCAGCUGCAGCAACUGCUGCACUUGGGUCAUCACAAAAGGAGAAGUCAGUGGUUACUGCUGUUGGUGGAACCCCAUCUUUGACUUCCAGUGCUAAUGAUUCCUUGCAAAGGCAGCACCAGGUUCAAGUUGCUGCAAAACGGAGAUUGAAUUCCCUUCCUAAAACCCUGGUAAUGAGCAACGUGGGGUCUCCUGCAAGUGUCAGCAAUACAAGCAUUCCGUUAAAUGCAAAUAGUCCUUCAAUUGGGACCCCACCUAUGGCUGAUCAAAGCAUGCUUGAAAGAUUUGCAAAGAUUGAGAUGGUGACCAUGAGGCAUCAACUCAACUGCAAAAAGAAUAAAGUUGAUGAUUACCCUAUCAGGAAACCAAAGACCUAUUCACUUCAAAAUCUGUCUUUUCAUCUCUCCAAUUCAACCAGUAAUGAGGAGUUCAAAGAUGAUACUAAUGCAAGGCAGUUAUCAAAGUCUCUUGUAGGUGGAAAUAUGAAUAUCUGCAAGACAAGAUUUAUGGAUUUCAUAAUAACAGAACGAGUGCUUCAAGGGAAUGUUGUUUCUUAUGUUCAAAGGGUACGGAAUAGAAUGAUUAUGUCAGAAAAGCCAAAUGAUGGUACUGUGGUGAUGCAUUAUGGAGAAGCAGAUGAGUUUGAUGUUCUAUCUGCAGAAGAUUAUCUUCCUACGUUGCCCAAUACUCAUUUUGCGGAUUUGCUUGCAACACAAUUGUUUUCACUGAUGAUGCGUGAAGGAUAUAUUGUGGAAGAUCAUAUUCAACCAAGACCUAUCUGCACUAAUAUUGCUUCAAGCAAUCAACCAAAUGUUUCUGGAGGCCCUCAUAAUAAUUCACCAAUUGAGGUGAAGCAAUACAAUGAAGCAGUUCCAGUUCAGCCAUGCAAUGAUCUAAAGCCAACUCUUGGCGGUAAUGCAUCCAUUAAUUCUUCCCACAAUCUACUAGCAAAUACAAGGAUGCUACCUCCUGGAAAUCCUCAGAGUCUUGUGUCUGGAGUAUCAGUGCCUGCAAGACCACAACAGCUAGACCCACAGCACUCUCUUCUGCAGCAGCAGCAAAAUCAACAUGCUUUAAUGCAUCAACAAAAUUCUCAAUUUCAGAGGUCACAAAUGGUGCUUCCAUCAAAUUCACUCUCUCAUUUAGGUGCAAUUGGACCGAAUUCAAACAUGCAGUUGGGUGGUCACUUGGUAAACAAGUCUUCUCUUCAGCUCCAGCUGUUACAACAGCAGCAUCAACAGCAGCAGCAGCAGCAGCAGCAGCAGCAACAGCAGCAGCAGCAGCAACAGCAGCAGCAACAACAGCAGCAGCAGCAGCAGCAGUCACAGCAGCUGCAGUCACAGCAGCUGCAGCAGCAGCAGUCACAGCAGCAGUCACAGCAGCUGCAGCCACAACAACAGCAGCAGCAGCUGCCACAGAUGCAGCAGAGGAAAAUGAUGAUGGGACUUGGAAGAGCUAUGGGUAUGGGAAACAUGGUUGGCCUAGGAGGUCUGGGCAAUGCUGCGGGCAUUGGAGGUGCAAGGGGAAUGGGACCAGGAAUCUCUGGACCUAUGGCUCCUAUAACUGGCAUGAGUAAUGUUGGCCAGACUCCGAUGAAUCUGGGUCAGACUGCAAAUAUCAACACAAUAAGUCAGCAACUUCGUGGUGGACACAUGACUCCUGCAGCUGCUCUGAUGAUAAAACAAAGAAUGAGCCCAGCAAGCAUGAUAGGGGGCCCUCAGUCUGGUAUAGCCGGGAUGUCAGGAGCCAGACAGAUGCACUCGGGCUCUGCUGGUUUUUCCCUGCUGAGUCAAUCUCUUAACCGAGCCAACAUGAAUCUAAUGCAACGAAGUCCAAUGGGGCCUAUGGGUCCACCAAAGUUGAUGACUGGGAUGAAUCCCUACAUGAACCAGCAACAGCAACUGGAAUUACAUAAACAGCAGCAGCAACAGCAGUUACAGCAGCAGCAGCAACAGCAGUUACAGCAGCAGCAGCAGCAACAGCAGUUUCAGCAGCAGCAGCAGCAGCAGCAACAACAGCAGUUUCAGCAGCAGCAGCAGCAGCAACAACAGUUACAGCAGCAGCAGCAGCAGCAGCAGCAACAGUUACAGCAGCAACAUCAACAUCAACAGCUGCUACUGCAGCAGCAUCAGCAGCUGCAGCAAGAAACAACUUCAACUUCUUCAUCGCUACAGUCUGUUGUUUCACCUUUACAAAUAGGGUCACCGUCAACCAUGGGAAUUCCACAACUGAACCAUCAAACCCAACAACAGCAACCCCAGCAACAGCCCAGCCCGCAGCAAAUGAGCCAACGAACCCCAAUGAGCCCACAGUUGAGUUCAGGAGCAAUCCAUGCCAUCAGUGCUGGGAAUCCAGAGGGUUGCCCCGCUAGUCCACAGUUGAGCUCUCAAACCCUUGGUUCUGUUGGAAGCUUCACAAAUUCUCCAAUGGAGCUCCAAACUGUGAACAAAAGCAACCCUGUUAGCAAUGCAUAAUCAAGUUCAAUAUUUUUUGGUCUUGCUUGAGUUAUGGCUCUAUUUCCUCCCAUUUAGAGCAUGAGAACUCUCGGUAUUUCUGUGCAGAAAUAGAAAGCUGAUAUUGCAGUCAGAUAAAUGGACUGAAUGCCAUAGCAUUGGAGCAAGCUGGAAGGAGAAAAUUCUCAUCAUGUGUAGUUACUUUAGUAAUCUAACACUCGAGCUGCUAAGUGUCAGCUGAUUUGCUAUUUGUGUUCUUGUGGCAUAUUUUAUAUGCAACCAAGUUGUUGAUUAGCAAUUUUGCAACAACGAACCAUGUAAUAAGUAUGCAUAAAGGAACCUCGCCGGCGUAAAAUUUCCAUGGUAUAGGAUUUUGCGGACAUAGGGGGUAAAAAAAUUGGGCAUAGUCUAGCCUGAUCAGUCGUAAAAUCCAAAGCUAUAUAUUCUGUGACGGAAGAUAAUAGCAAGGGAAAAUUACUUCAAAUUUCUCAA